AUGGAGCCCACUGAGAGAGCACUGAUCACAGUGACAGAGACUGUGCUGUUUCUGGUUCAGUACACGUCCAAGGAGUUUGACCGUUUAGAGAAGACAGUGGCCACCGGAGACUGCUGUUACCUCAACCCACUGGUACGCAGAACAUUCCGCUUCCUCGGAGUCUACACCUUUGGCCUCUUCACUGUUGACAUCUUUGUCAACGCAGGGCAGGUAGUGACAGGAAACCUGGCACCGUACUUCCUGACUGUCUGUAAGCCAAACUACACAGCACUGGGUUGCCAGCAGGCCCUGCGCUACAUCAGCCACCAGGAGGCCUGCACAGGAAACCAGGACGACAUCCUACGUGCCCGCAAGACUUUCCCAUCCAAAGAGGCUGCGCUUAGCGUCUAUGCUGCACUCUACCUAGCUUCUGUGUCGCUUGCUGUUCCCAACAGUAACCCACAGGGCGCCUGGUAG